UAGACUUGAGAUAGUGUCAUUGUAGAGGUGGUCGCCCGAGGUAUUAUGAGCGACGCACGGGGAACACAGCCCUGCUAUUUACAUCAAGCAUCCCCAUCUCUUUCCAUGCUCUCCACACUCAGAAACAAACGCAUGUCAGGAGCUCGGGCUUCAACUGACGGGGUAUCCGUACAAAACACAAACAGUCAACAGACGCUAACAACUCGCUUCACAAACAUGACUCCAACCCAAUGCAACCAAGACCUCAUAACAUGACGAACGCUAAUCAUACAUGCUUGCUCAUCCCUAUCCACACUUUCCAUCUGGUUUUCUUUUUUUCUCUUUUUUUUUUUGUUUUGUUUUUUUUU